AUCAUCUCCUCCAGCGUAACGAUUCUCGCAAGUCGGGCGACUUUGUGACUUUGCCCAAACUCCGGUAACCUCACGGGGCGCGCCUGUUAUGCGAGACACAUGCCAUGCAAUUGGUCCACGACGGCCAAUUUCCUGUUCCGCAGGGUCACUCGCAACAAUGUCGCGUCCAUGUCUGAACGACGGCAUCGGCCCACUGGAGCGCUCAUAACAUCUCACUCCCACCGCGUCAGCUUGUUCUCGAGUCUUGCCACCAGUCCAACCCUCGGACAGCCCUCACACGAAUCCAUACCCUCCUCAGCUGGCACGGUUCCUCAGCUACAUACACCAUCCGAUAUACCCUCCACACAGUUUUCCGUCGCUCAACUUUCUCGUGCCGGUGCCUCGGCAAUUCGUGUCUCUCUGGCUCAUGAAAAUACAUGGGAUGCUUUCCAUCUCCUUCACUCUAUGCGCUGGUCUUAUCACCACCAUCGUCCUGAAACAACGCGCCUUCCCAAAUACAAGUUCAAAAAGCCAAUGGAGAGUUUCGAGCCAGUGGACUUUGGUCACCCUGUCUCUCCUCGCUUGGCGGCACAUUCUCUCGUCCAUGGGCUCCUCCGGAAUGGCCAGCGCAAGCUCGCAGCAAAGCUCGCGCUGCAGAUGAUGGACGAUGGAAUGGAGUUCCGGGCAAAGACCUUCGAAUCUCUGUUGGGCACCCUUCAUCCUCACACUAUCGUCGCAGGGGAGGAUCGGACGGGCUACAAUCGCAUCGAACACUUCCAGCCAAGGACAUACAUACCCGAAGGCAAAGAAGUACUGGACAUCCGCACUGCCAUGCCUGCCGAUCCUCUUACCCGCUACGCCGUUCGUCUCCUUCGAGAUGCGCGCAAGCACCGAUACCAGCGUACACGCGCAAUGUUCGAGAUCGUUAUCAAUGCUUGCAUCGUCCAGGGCGAAAUCAUUGUUGCGUCGCUUCUCCUGGUCAUCCUCAUCAAGGACUUUCAACUACGGCAGACCUGUAGUCGGCUCACUGAACAGGCUGUUGCAGAUACGCAUACGCCCAUGGUCGCCAUUGUCGCACGUGACAGGGGAUACUUUCCACGUCGUGGAUACCUUUUCUUACCGGAGCAUCCUCCCAAUGAGUCCUUUGCGCAAAUCGUGGAUUUCUUGUCGGCCAAUAUUGCAAAAGGGCCCCUCGAUCCGCUGUUUCCCGAAUGUUCUCAAUGUCUUGCCAUCCUUGCCUCUGCUCUUGAUACACAGCAGUUGCCAACACGUCGACUUUCCCGUCUGCUCAGAUUGCUUUAUUCGUAUCCUUCCAACGAUCUCAAAGUAUGGGCAAGACAGCGGGACGGUGAAAUGCGGCUAGUAAAUGCGUAUAGAUACUUCCACAAAGUGCUUCUGCGGCUCUCACAAGACCUACCAUCUCAGUUCCCCUACAGUUCUCAUGACGCAUAUCAAACAAAGACUUGGCUGCGUCCGCUGGACGUUGAGUCCUACAACGCUCUCAUCCAUUAUGCCCUGCGCCACCGGUAUUCUCCGAAGCUCGCCCAGCGCGUCAUCACGCACAUGACAGAUCUUCGGCAGCCACCUCUUUCCCCAAACUCGGUAACAUACGGCAUCCUCUUGCGAUCCAGCUCAUUGCUUCGCCGCAAUGAUCUAGCUGAACAGGUGCUCCAGAGAGUACGAGACAGCAUGCCCAUUAAGAUGACGCUUGCGAGUGAUGCAGAGGUGGAGGCUGCCGCAAAGGAUCCGACAAAGGACGCUGCACUUGUUGAUAGGCCCUUGGGCUCUGAUCCUCCUGCCUGGAAUUCAAGAAUCUCGGGCCUUGUGAAGCAGAUUCAGUCACAGAGUCUCGAGGUUCCAGUCACUAAAAACCCGCUCCGUAUAGAUCCUUCUCUUCUGACGAGCUACAUCACACACUUAAUCUCCAACGAUCAGUGUGAAGCCGUUGUGGACAUCCUCUUCGAAAUGCUUCCUGAGCUGGCCGCAGUCGACCAUCCAGACUGGGGUAGAACUACAGCAGAACAUCGACGGAUUCUUCUAACGAUGAAUCGCGAGAAAUGUGUCCAGCGCGCUAUCACAUACGGACCAUACUUCUUCACAUCGGUACUCAACGCGCUUCGAAAGGCGGGAAAGACUGGGCUCACGGAACGUGUCUGGAUGUUGGCCAAGGAAGCAGAGACUGCUUCCUGGGAUGCUGCCAAUGCUUGCGAUCAAUCCAUGCCAGAGACCCAACGACCUAAGCCCUGGGUGCUCCCUGUGCACGCUUACACGGUGAUGAUGCAAUGCUACGGGAACGAGGCGCGCAAGGGGCUUGCUAUGAAGCGUGCCAAAUCACGGCGAGAGCUAGGGGAGCAAUUGAGCGCAGGGUGGAUGGCUAAGCCUACAGACAAGAUGCAUGUCAUCGGCUGGGCUCGGUUCUUCCUACGCAGCGGCGUGAUGGACGAGACGCCUGAUAUGCGGCGGAAUAUCACCGGCCCAAACGUGGGUGCUCUGCUAUACCACUCCAUGCGCGAAGGUACGCAGUCGGUGUACGAGUCCUUGAUGCGCCUGCAGAAGACCCGGGGAGAGGCCCCUCGCGGCAUCGAAUUCCCCAAGCCCGACGAACGAUUUUUCAAUGCGUUAUUAGACCUUUUCGGACGUCGGCCUAGCAUUUUCGUGCGCCGACGCCAUGUGACACGCUCGCACUGGCGCCAGCGCCUGCAUCGUGCUAGGGAGAGAUACCUCCGCAGAGAUAUUUUGUCGCCGUACUGGACACCGAUGCUCGAACAAAUCGCGGUGGACAUGUCCGAAGCCGGAUUUUCUGUUCCGGCGGGUUUCCGGGAAGCCUUGAUUGGAAGGUUGCAGGGCAUCUCUACAGAGCUGCGGCCCGAGGAGGAUCGCAUGGAGGGCAAACGCAGCACCUUUUCAAGGCCAUACGCUUUCCCUCUUGUUCCCCGGCGCCCUAAGUUCAGGUCCCAUGCGACACAGACCGUCAAGGUGAGGGGCUUGCCGGUGAAGAAUACACGGUGAGCGAGGCUGCUGGGGCGAGCAUGCUGGCGCAUGGAUGAGAAAAAAUGAGAGUAUAAUACUUGUAUUACUUUGGAGACCGACUUUAGCACCCAUAUAAAACACAAAUCAUGACGACAAGGCAUUCGAUGGUAUCGCUACCGAGAUGUGGAUGAAUUCGGUGACGGCAGUGAAGAGGACGAAGCAUUGGAAGGCUCUGAUGCCUGUGCCGCCGCACCGGCAAAUAAUUUCGCGGAUUUUGGAGGGAGUGGCCGAUCCUUGUGCUGGAGGUACACGAAGAGCAUACCUUUCGCUGCACGCCGCGGUGACCAUUCCUUCGCCACGUCCUGAAGCACCUCGAGCGACUCCUUCACCAUCGCCUCCUGCUCGUGUAUUGGUGGAGGAUGUUGCUUCUUCUUUGGCGCGAACGCAAGAUCGACACGGUGCCCCUUCACAAUCUCAUCCCGCACCUUCCGCAACUUGUGCUCCAAGUCCCCGCGAGCGACACUCCACGUGAGCUGGAUCUCCUUCUGCUCUUGCUGCUUGCGCGAGAUGAGCUGUUUCUGCUUCGCCACUUUCUCCCGUGCCGUAUUGAAUUUCUUGUCUACGAGCUUCACGAGCGGGUAGCCGCCUGUCAUUUCCGAAGGCAACGCAACGAGCUCGACGAAGUAUUUCUUCUCCGCUUUGUACAGUUUGACGAGGUCCGGCAGUGACUGGGGAUCUCCGGGCUUAUGCGUCUCAGGGUCGACCAAGCGGACGACAUCGAACUCGAUUUUAUCAUCGCGGGGUCGACGUGUUCCCACCGAAGCGUACCAUCGUCGAGGUGGUGCGGGGGCGAAUCGGUGUGCCGGUGUAACGGCCUGGACACGGAGGAGAGACAAUGAUCG